UGGUACUACUCCGCCUCCUUCUCAAACAAUAACUCAGGACGAUCAAUCUGUCUCGAAUCCUGCAUAUAUAUUCUGGCGUCGUCAAGAUCAACUCAUUCUUUAUGCCAUCCUAGCCUCCGUAAGUGAUGGUGUGAUUCCUCUGAUUUCGUCGAUAACUUCCAGCCGAGAAGCUUGGGAUCGUCUGUCUCGCCUUUAUGCCAAGCGAUCCAAUCAACAUAUAAUCCAUCUGAAGGACAAACUUUCAAUGCUCACUCGUGGCACAUCCUCUGUUACAGAUUUUCUAGUGUCCAUCAAACGCAUCGCUGAUGAACUGACUGUCCUUGGUGCGCCUCCAAGUGAUGCAGAUUUGCUUCUAUACAGCACUCGCGGUCUUGGUCUUGCUUAUAAGGAACUCAUUGCUGCUCUACGAACUAGAGACUCUGUGGUACCUUUUGAAGAAUUGUAUGAAACCUUUCUCCUUCACAGUGAAAAAUAAAAUUCUGAUUCCACUCCGCCCACUGCCAAUCUCGCCAAAAAUACUCGUUCAUCUUUUCCCCCACCUAAACAAAAUUUUUCCUUUCCUACUCCUGGUUUACUUCCCACUCCUGCCUCUGCCACUAAACAGCCAAAACCAGAUAGUUCUCUACUCCCGGUUCCUACUUGUCAAUUCUGUGACAAACGCAGUCAUGAUGCUAAGAAAUGCUUCAAGUUAUUUCCUCACCUUUGUCCUCAACGACCUUCUGCCAAUCAUGUCACCACCUCCCCCUACUCAAAAUCCUUGGAUUGUAGACUCAGGUGCCUCUCAUCAUGUUACCUCGCAGCUAUCAAAUUUGUCCCUUACUCAAUCUUAUGAGGGUCCUGAUGAUAUAAUUAUUGGUGAUGGUUCAGGAUUUAUGCACCGGGAAGCCUCUACUCCACAGAAGGAACAGGCAUGAUCUCUAUGAAUGGCCAAAUGCUACUCCUACAACCUCCACCUCUGCCGUGGCCCUUUCUACCACUGUUUGGCAUGGGCGCCUGGGUCAUCCAUCUUUCAAAAUCUUCAAAUCUCUCAUUAGUUCUGGUCUAGUUUCAUGUUCACCC